AUGACCAUUCCAAAGUUCCAUUGCGAUGACAUCACGCCAAAAAUUGACAAUGAUCGAGGCACGUCUAACUAUUCCGACAAAGGAGGCCGACGCGAAUCAAACAAUGAUAGAAGCGAGCGACACGUCUCGAGUAUGGAUUCUGCGACAGAUAUGAACCGGAGCGAAGGCUCUUUUGUUAGCAGUAGAACAAUCAUGCAGCGAAAAAUAUCACAGAAGAAUAAAUUCUUCAAGCGCUAUGGUAUUGUACCGCACACAGCAAGUACCGAGAAGAACAAGCAGAACAGUAUGACAUGGCGACAUCAACCAAUGAAUAAAAGUACUGCGUGGUUCAAGGGAAUGAAGAAGAGCAAACCAGUGGACUGGCUGGUUACCUUGAAAAAUUCCUCCAUUGGAAUAGUUCGAUCUGGCCGUGAUUCUUCUGACGAAUACACCAAGAUGUUGGAGCAUGAGAAUUCUCGCGGACCAGAGUAG